AUGCAGUGGUGUCUCAAUUCACCCAAUUGUACGGAUGUGGACGUCCUCUGCCAACGCAUGAGAACCGAUAUUAACGCAGUCUUGCAGAUCAAGAAGUGGUCAAACGUGAACAUCACAUUUGUUCGCUACGAAGACAUAGCUCUGAAACCGUACGAAACGGCCAAACGCUUGUAUAACAACUUAGACCUGGAGUACACACCGGCGGUGCAGAUGUGGGUGAAAGAGCACACCCGUAAGGAAGACAUUCUGGGGAAUCCGCACUCAACCAGAAGGGACUCCCAAAGAGCGCCACUCUCGUGGAUACCGCGGAUGACUGUCAACGAUGUGCUUGAGGUUCAAGAGUACUGUUAUGAUGUGAUGCAGAAUUUGGGCUAUAAGUUGAUUAAUGAUCUCGUGUACGACGACAACGACACACAAGCGCUCAAUAAUUACACUUUGGAUCAGAUUCUUGACACUAAAUAUCCUUUGCUUGACUUAAUGUCUUAA